UGACAUAGGAUGAACACUGCUGGAGGGGUGUGUCUGUGUGUGCUGUCGUCCCUCUUUGCUGUGGCCUGGGCCGUAGCUGCCUUAGUUCCUCCAGCUCCUCUCUCUGCCCUGGCCGCUGCCUAUGGGUCUGCCAGUGGCGUCUCUCCCGGGGAGGUAGAGGGGGGCAGCCUCCCCUCCCCAUGCUCCAGCCUGGUAGCCGGGGUACUGUAUGGCUCUUUCUCUCUGAGAGAGCUGUUCCCGUCGCAGGUGCUGGGCUGUUCCUGGUCGUUGGAAAACCCAGAUCCCACAAAGUACUCCCUCUAUCUCCGAUUCACCCGCCAUCCCUCUAUCUGUCAAUCACACUACCCCAUGCUCCUCCCCCUCGACCAUCAUCUAGCCAAUCAGAGCUGUCCGCUGGAUCUAGAGACGCCACCUCAAGACCAGGAAGUGAUAGACCUUUGCGGCAGGCAAUUAGAAUCAGAGGGACCUUAUUCAUUUUUGCAGUUCGACAAGAACUUUGUGCAGCUGUGCCUAUCGAGACUACCGACAGCCGAUGAACCGCCGGUAACCAAGGAAACACUAGAACUCCGGCUGGUCGAGGUUUUGCUAAUCAACAACGAGAACUCCAGUCAGUUCACCUGUGGAGUACUCUGCCGAUGGUUCGAGGAGUGCCUACGCAAUGGUCGUCAUGGAGAAGCUGAUGUUGCCGACGGCGACGGUUGCAGAGUUACGCAGACUGGUUGUGUGUGUCCUAACAACAAUGUGGUCAUGGCUCAGCCUGUACCCCUUCUCCCGGCAACGCCCCAUAGCAACGGAUCGUUGUUACCUGAGAAUUGCUGCGUCACAGAGCUGCACCAUAACAAUGCCAUCGCCAUAGCGCCCAGGGACGUCAGACACGACCUCUAUCCAGACCCAGAUGAUGAUGACCUGAAGGUGAAGACACAGAAACCCAGAUCAGCAGACCAGCCAGGUGUGUUUCAGGCACAGACAGUGUCCUUCCUACUGAUGUCCUUCCUACUGAUGUCCUUCCUACUGGUGUCCUUCCUACUAGUGUCCUUCCUACUGAUGUCCUUCCUGCUGGUGUUGUUCCUACUGGUGUUGUUCCUACUGGUGUCCUUCCUACUGAUGUCCUUCCUUCUGGUGUCCUUCCUACAAUGUCCUUCCUACUGA